AUGGCUAUAAAUCUAGCUCAAGAUAUUAAGACAGUUUCUCUUCAGGCAGUUACUCGUCGCGCUACCAAGGAACCUCAAAACAGUGAACAAGAGCUACCGAUUUCAAAGGCUUUUAAUGCACCUUUGCCUUUAUCCUGGAGUAAAAUUAUGCAUAUUCAUUUUAUCAGUAGCUUACCUAAUAUAAUUAAAUUUCAAUAUGAUUAUCUGAGCGACAAUGAAAUGGCUAUAAAUCUAGCUCAAGAUAUUAAGACAGUUUCUCUUCAGGCAGUUACUCGUCGUGCUACCAAGGAACCUCAAAACAGUGAACAAGAGCUACCGAUUUCAAAGGCUUUUAAUGCACCUUUGCCUUUAUCUACAGCAAAGUACAAAGAUUUAAUAAGCUUAUGUAAUAGCAAUGCCAUUCCAACAAUAUAUCAUGAUUAUUUUAUAAAUUUACCUCAUGUGAAAACGAUUCUACCAAAUAAUAUCACUGAUUCUGAUUAA